UGCUCGAGCGGCGAGAGAUGGGCUGCGGGAGGACGUGCGCUCUCGUUCCCGUAUCUUUGCGCGCCUCUUUGGAGUGAUUCGUUGUGGUCUGCUUGCGAGUUAGGCCUGCGGCCGCCAAGGUCAGGUGGGCCCGUGUCUGCGCUCAGUGAGGGGGGGCUCAGCGCCUGCGGACAUGGGCACUGUGCUGUCCACGUGGAGGACCAAGAAGUCCACUGUUGAACUUCUGGAAAGCAUAGAAAAGGAUAUACAGCAUCUUGAAGAAUUCAGAGUGAAGAACCAGAGAGUGUUGAAGUUGUGGGUGGGAAGACUGCUGUUUUACUCAUCUGCCCUGUACCUGAUCACAUGUGUAACAGUCUACCUGUGGUGUCUUCCUGAUCAGUGGACAGGACGGCUAGUACUGGCUUUACCAUUUUUUUUAUUCCCCAUAUUGGUCUGGUUUCUGAGGAAGUUCCUGAUUUUUCUUUUUUCAAGACGGACCGAAAGAAACAAUGAAAAGUUGGAUGAGCUCAAACUGCAAAAAAAGAAAAUACUCGAGGAGGUAAUGGAGACUGAAACCUAUAAAAAUGCCAAACUGAUCCUGGAAAGAUUUGACCCUGAGGCUAAGAAAAAAGUUGAGGUUGUGUCCACACCAGUUGGUCCCCAGGCAACUCCUCGAUCAGGACAAGAACUUCGUCAGCGAAAUGUGGCCCAGGGACCUCCAGUUGUAGGGACACCGGUGGGCUCUGCAGCACACCCCCCACUUGCUGCAGGAGCCACUCCAUCUGGACCCCUCCAACACUCUGCUCCUGGUGGCCCACCUGAGAGGAACCUGGGUUCUGCAGCUGCUCAACAGAGCCUGAUGCGGAGGCCCAUGACUCCUAGUUCUCACCCAGGAAUGCACCCCCCCGGCCCUCCUCUUGCCCGGCCUAUACUCCCAAGGGAAAGGGGUGCCAUGGACCGAGUCAUUGAGUACCUUGUUGGUGAUGGCCCUCAGAACAGAUAUGCCCUCAUUUGCCAACAGUGCUUCUCUCAUAAUGGAAUGGCAUUAAAAGAAGAAUUUGAAUAUAUUGCAUUCAGGUGUGCAUACUGUUAUGUUCUAAACCCUGCGAGGAAAACACGACCCCAGGCCCCACGCCUGCCAGAGUUCAGUUACGAGAGAACUUUACGCUCGGAGCCAGCCACACCUGAGACUUCAGCGGCCACCAAGGCCAGCGCUGAAUCUUCUACCACAGAAGAAAAGGAGUCAGAUACUUCCCUUGCACAAUCCAAAACCCAGGCAGAGGAAGCAGAACCAGAAGAGGAAGACUCCAUGGUGGAGGAACCUGAAAGCCCUGAAUUGGAAAAAACCCAGAUGGAAAAAUGUGAGGAAGAGCAUGAAGUUUCAUACAUGGGAGAUGAAUAAAGACCUCACAUUCCUCAGCACAAAAAAAGCAGAAAUGGUGUAAAUGUUAGGGUUAUGGUUUUUUUUAUACAUAUUGCUUUAUUUACGUGUUUGUCAUGAAACGCAAUAUAAGAUGGUUCUUGAAUGUAGAAGUGGUUAGAUGUAUAAUUCUGAUACACCUGCUGCAUCUUGGUUAAUGUUUUUCUCUGUUAAGGUGUUGCAUGUUUUUAUAUAUUUGCCUGUUAUUUACAGUAUUUAUAUUUGCAUAAAGCAGCACUUCUGUAAAUAAGUUUCAAAAACAGUUAAGGCAUUUUGUUGGCUGUAUGAAAGUGGUCUCAUUUUGUCAUUUGGAGAUGGUAGUGGGUUUUUUUUUUUUUUUUUUUUUUUUUUUUU